AUGCCCCGAUCGAAACGCUCAAAACUUGUCUCCCUGACAAAGGUCGAGAAAAAAAACGAAGGAGCACAAGGGGGCUUUGAUGAAGGAAGUGCCUCCAAGAAAACUCUGAAAAAUGGAAGUACUGCUGGCUAUUCCAAGUUGGGUCUAUGCGCAAUACACAUCUCAAAACUGUCCGCAAGCUAUGGAAAGAGUAUUACUGCGCGGAUAUUCUUUGGUCGGAGUGCGGUAAUGGCUAAAGCUCUCGGGGCCACGCCAGAAGAGGAGCAUCGCAUGGGCAUCAGCAAGCUCGCGAAACAAAUACAAGGCCAAGUGGGCCUUUUCUUCACAGACUCCGAGCCAGACGAGGUCAUUGAGUGGUUUGCCGACUUCCAGCAACCUGACUUUGCGCGUGCCGGGAAUGUCGCUGUGAAAACAGUCGUUUUACCCGCCGGCCCCGUCAUGCGAACAUACUCCGAUCCCCCAGAACCCUUCCCCCAUAACGAAGAGCCCCAAUUGCGGAAACUGGGGCUAUCAACAUAUAUGAACAAGGGUGUGCCCUCCCUCCACAACCCCCACACGCUAUGCGAAAAGGGCAAGAAGCUCACGAGUGAGCAAGCCCAGCUGCUGAAACUCAUCGGCGAAAAAAUGGUCACCUUCAGGGUGUCGCUCACAUGCAGGUGGGAGGCUGCGACUGGCGACGUCGUCCAGAUUGAAGGUCAACCAUUACCUGAUAAUUCUGGCGAAGCUGAGGUGUCAGACGAUGACGAGAUGGAUGAGUAG